AUGACUGCAGACGCACCUUCUGUGGUGAAGCGGCCGCGAUGCCCGUCCGGGCGGCCAGCGGGCGCGAAGACCGCUCCGGCAGCCCUGGCUGCGCCCAGUGUCCACGACUGUGUGCCCCUCGUUGGCAGCAGUGCCCUGUGCGCCGUGGCGCGCUGGCUCUGCCAGCCAGGGCGCCGGCGCUCCGGGCGCAACGUGGACGUGGACGCGGAUGGGCAAGCGACGCUCCGCUGCCUGCUCUGCAUGGCCACGACGUCCUCGCGCCUGGAGGUGCACUGGGCAUCAGCGCUCCUGGCGGCGUUUGGCGAGGAGCACGUGCGGCGGGUGGCCGCAGAGGUGGGCGGGCUGCCGCACUUCCACCGCGUCUGCCGGUGGGAGGCCUCGGUCUGCACGCGGACCUACCGGUGGGGCCCAGACUGGAGCAGCGGCGGGGCCGCAGCAGACGGGAGCAGCGGCGAUGUCGAUGUCGGGCGCGGCGGGAAGACCCAGUGGGCCCAGUGGCAGCUCCCCGAGGUCCCGCCCGACGGCGUGCGCGUGAGCCUCCGGCUGCUCGGCCUGGCGAGCGCGAGGCUGUGCCUCGGGGCGGGGCCCGCGGCGGUCGUCCAGGCGCAGAGGCUCGGACCGCCAAUGGCGGAGGCUCCGGGUGAGGCCCCGGAGCCUGUCGCCGGCGGAGCGGGCGCCGCCUAUUGCCUCCAGGCGUUUUGGGACCUGGCCCCGCACGGAGAGCGCCACCGCGAGGCUGACCGGAAGGAGCUGCUGGCCUGGAGCCUCGCCCUCGGCACCUACUCGCUGCAGCUGGCCUCCCACAGCAGCAAGGCAACGCUCGUCGUGCGGCCAGUCUUUGGCGCCAGCUUCCUCGCUACCGGCAAGGCUCAGGCGCCCUCGCGGGCCUCCGUGGUGUGA